UCUCCUUUAUAAAAGCUUAGCUUUCACUCCACCCAAACCCAUCUACCAACUCACUCUUUCGAGAGCCGUAGCCAAGAAGAAGCACCUCAAAUGGCCAAGAAGCAGCAGCUCGCCGUCGCUCUCCUCGUCGUCGCCGUCGCCGUCGUGGCGGCGAGGACGGCGGCGGCGGCGGCGACUAAGCUGACUAUGCACAACCUGUGCACGUACCCCGUGUGGCCGCUCGUGACGCCCAACACCGGCUUCCCUUCCAUCUCUGGUAAUAACGUCCGGCUCGACGGCGGCGGGCGCGGGCUGGUGUCGUACGACUUCCCGGCGAGCUUCUGGGCGGGGCGCGUCGUGGCGCGCACCGGGUGCGCCGGCGGGGCGCCGUCGCGGUGCGAGACCGGGAGCGCGCCGCCGGCGACGGUGGUGCAGCUGGUGGUGCACUCGCCGGAGGGCGGGCAGGACCUGGCGGCGUACAGCGUGAGCCUGGUGGACGGGUUCAACGUGCCGGCGGUGGUGAGCCCACAGGCCGUCGGCGGCGGGCAGUGCCCGGCGCUCGGGUGCGCCGCCGACCUGAACGACCGGUGCCCGCGGUCGCAGCGCGUGGUGGGCGCCGGCGGCGCCGUCGUGGCGUGCAGGGGCACGGCCGGGUACUUCAAGGAGCGGUGCCCGCUGACGAGGACGACGGGGAGCGACGUGGAGCCCGUGCCGCAGCGCUGCCUCGCCCCCGGCGAGCUCAAGAUCGUCUUCUGCCAGCCCUCCAUGGUCGCCGCCGUGCCGGGGCUCAUCCGCACCGUCGUCGCCAACAUCUAGCCGCGCCCGUUAAUCACGACCCUCUAAUUACCUCUUAUAAUAAUAAUAAUUAAUUAGUGGAUCGAGAGCUAGUUAAUUAAGCGCCCAUAUAUGCAAAUGUGGCGCAUCCAGCGGUCGCCACCUGUCCGGCCGGCGCAGUACGUUGUUGGUAGGGAAUAACGUUGUGUAGUUGUACACGUAUGCACACCGUAUCUGUGUACGUAUGUAUGCACCGUGUACAUACGUAUUAGUGGUGUACGUCUACAUCGAGUAGUUGUGCUU